AUGACGUUGCAGGUACGGACACAGCGGGAACAGCAGGCACUGCAGGAGCGGCAGGAACGGCAGGAACAGCCAGCACAGCAUCGGGCACAGACCCCGCCAUAUGAUGAAGCAGCCCCUGGACACUCGGCACGCCCUGUAGUCCCAAAGACGCCCACACCUGACCAAGGUCAUCCCUCACGGCAAAAGCACCUGUGGAAGCAAGAGUCGGACAAUUGUAGUAAUGCACUCAUUUUGUAUGAGGCUGCUAUAAGUGAAAUCGAACGACGUUUGAAUGAGGUAAAACGUGUUGAACAGUUGUCUACAGCAGUAAUUAAGCUGCGUUUAGGGUCCCUUCAGAAAGCAGCUGAUUCACUACAGACAGCCGCUUCUGAAUACUAUAAGGAGAUUAAGGGUCGUGAAUUAGUAAAUGCUAUAACGAGGACUAACGGUUACCUCUCUAGCGCGGACAACGAAAUCUCCAAACUCACCGAUCGGUUAGCAGCACCCACACCCUCGCCCGCCCCAGCACCCGCGCCCACACCUGUUAAUCCGACACCUGCGGUACCUGCUACCCCUAGUAUUCCACAACCUAAGUUGCCUCAAAUUACGAUACCUACUUUUGAUGGCAAAAUUGAGCAGUGGUAUCCUUUUUGGACUGUUUUUAAAGCAGUUAUUCAUGAUAGGCAGGACAUGAAUGAUGUCAUCAAGUUUACUAUGCUGAAUAGUUAUCUUAAGGGUAAAGCACGCGAAACCGUUGAGGGUUUAGCUAUAACUGCAGCUAAUUAUGCUGCAGCGAUAAACCUACUGAAAACUCGUUUUUCCAACGUUGGGAAAUUAGAAGAGAACUUAAGAAAUCGGCUGUUAAGUUUACUGCACCCUGAGCAUGAUGCAGAGCAACUAAUGGAUUUCCUUAUGAAAUGGAAUAGCAUCGUUCAUCAGUUAGACGCUUUACCAGGUACUGCGAGUGGCGAUUCUAAUGAGAAAGCAAUUAUCAAGCGGUGUUUAUCAAAGGAAACAUUGCAAGCCUUGUAUCAGAGAUAUGAUACUUGUGAACUCAGUGUAGAUCAAUUGAGAAAGGGCAUUGAGAAAUUGAUUGAGCGUUUAGGUAGAAAUAAUAUGCAUAACCCCACACCAUCACCGUCCAACCCAGUUAAGAGUGGCAAGGAUCGUAACACGAGUUCGAAAAACGAGCGUCAAGCUAAUUCGCCUAGUAGUGCUUUCAGAACUAAUGUCAAAAAUACCCCUAAGAAAAUAACUUUUUCUUGUUGUUUUUGUCAAGGCGAACACAGCGGUAAGGUCUGCACGAAAUACAAUACUUUAGAGACUAGAAGAGCUCGUAUCAAUGAAUUACAACUAUGCUUUGGUUGUUUACGAAAGGGUCAUCGUUUAUUUGAAUGUAACAGUAAGAGUAAGGCAUAUUGUUUUAACUGUAAUGGUAAACAUCAUACAUUCUUAUGUGCUAGACUAUUACCUAAUGCUACGAGCGUCAAUGUAAAUUCGUCUCAGCAACCUUCUAGCACCAAAUCAGGUCAUAGUAGAGCUGAUAAUAAGCCUAUAGAAACAGCUCAAUCGCAGCCUAGUUUCAGUACUAGUCAGAAAUCAGCUGCCACGAGUAAUCAGAGUAAUUUUCAGAAUAAUGUUAACAGUAAUCAAGUAGCUGUGAAAAAUGUCGCAUCUCUUCGACCGACAGCGUUACCGACAGCCACCCUUCUAUUGAGUAAUGAUGGGAAUUGGAUCCCGGUUCGAGCAUUUUUAGACAGCGGAUCUCAAAGAACGUUCAUUAACCCAGAUGUUGUUGAGAAAUUGAACUUAGUGCCCAUAAAACAAGUGGAACUUACAUUAAUUCCGUUUGGAGAUAAUGUUGAAACUAAAAUGUUUGAUGUAGUAAGAGUAAUGGUUCGAGCAGGUACUAAACGUAUCAAAUUAAAUGCUGUUGUUUGUAAUCAUGUUAACACUUCCAUACACACACCUGGUCUACACAACGUGUAUCUGCGAUUGCAAGAACGAGGUGUUAAACUGGCAGAUAAGAAUAUUGAAUCAGAUACCCUCAGUGAUAUAGGGUUGAUUAUUGGUGCUGAUUAUUAUAAUGCAUUUGUGUAUUGUCACGAUAAAUAUGAUGAUGUAUGUUUGCUUGGUAGCACCGCCGGUGCUGUUAUUUUUGGUCCUAUACCCAAUUGGGCUUGUAAUGUUAUCAGUGAUGAUGAAAAUGUAAGAUCUGUAAUAAGUACACAGAGUAUAGUUUGCUCGAGAGUCACUGCUUCUGUAAAUCCUCUUGACGGUGAGGAUAUUUCUAGACUGUGGUCAUUAGAUACGAUCGGCAUCGCGAAGGAUGCGCGAUCCUAUACCGAUCAAGCAGCGAUCGAACAUUUCAAUGAGACUAUUGUAAAGACUGAUAACAAAUAUACGAUUGAUUUGCCAUUUAAGAGCGAUGCCAGACCCCCUACGGGUUAUAGAAAAGCCUUAGGUCAAUUAUAUUCACUUAAGAGAACCUUUCAGUCUAAACCAGUCAUGUUUGAUCAAUAUCAGUCUGUUUUAGAUGAGUAUGUUAAGUUAGGAUUUAUUGAGGAGGUAAAGUUAGAAGAUAACUCCUUUGAUCCAGUUGAUGGUAUUAAUCAUUAUUUACCUCACCACCCAGUUUUCAAGGAAUCUGCUACGACUCCAAUUAGGAUAGUUUUCAAUGCAAGUAGUAAGGAGUCACACCAUGCAAAGUCCCUCAAUGAUUGUUUACAUGCGGGACCUAAUCUGGCAACGAAAUUGACAGAUAUGCUGCUGGAAUUUCGUCAGAACAUAUGCUGUAGUAGCAGACAUAACUCAGUCAAGAAGUCCUUUUAUGUGGAUAACUUUAUGAAAACUUAUGAGAAAUGUGAAGAUUUAGAACUCGAGAGUAAUAAGGUAAACCAAAUUAUGCUGGAAGCUAAUAUGCCUUUGGGAGAAUGGGCUAGCAAUUUGAGUUCAUUUAAUGAUAAACAUAGCCCAGAUACUGUCAACUUGAAUGCAGUAAAACUACUCGGUCUCUUGUGGGAUACCUGUAAUGACUCAUUGAGUGUAAAGAUGCCUUCUCAGAUUGUUACAUAUUUGAAUAAUCUAGGAAAUGUUUGUACUUUGACUAAGAGAAAGGUUGUGUCUCUCCUUUCAACCAUCUUUGAUCCUUUGCGAAUAUUGACCCCCGUAACAAUUAAGGGAAAACUAUUUGUGAAGAAAUUGUGGGAACUGAAAACUGACUGGGAUGACGAACUGAUGAUGGAUUUAAAGAAAGAGUUCGAUGAAUUGUUAAACCAACUCAAUUCUAUUGAGGAGAUCAAAGUCCCUAGAUCUUGUUUUAAUGAAGGAACUUGUAGCUUACAUGUAUUUGUUGAUGCUUCUCAUGUGGCUUAUGGAGCCUGUGCGUAUGUUGUUAGCAGUAAGCACACAAGUCACUUGCUAAUUAGUAAGUCUCGAGUAGCUCCGAGCCCCCCACUCACUAUCCCCCGUCAAGAAUUACUUGCUUUGACUAUAGGCAUGCGCCUAGCUGUUCAUUUGCUAGAGAUUUUUGGGGAAAAUUUUUCAGAUUGUACUGUUUGGAGUGACUCCCAAGUAGCUUUGAGUUGGGUAUUUUAUGAAAGAUCUAAAGAAGUGUUUGUAACCAACAGAGUAAAGGAAAUCAAGGACUUGAAGUCCAGUCAUAACAUCAGGUUGUUAUAUGUUAAGAGCGAGGAUAAUCCUGCUGAUUUAGUUACACGAGGUAUUUCAAUGUCUCUUUUGAGUAAGUCAGGUUUGUGGUUUCAUGGCCCGACCUGGAUUAUUGACAAAAAUAAGUUUCCAGAACAAGAGGAUGUAGUUUACAUAGAGCCUGUUAAUGUAAAUGAAAUUAUUGUAGAACCAGUUUUGAGAAACCCUGAUGAUGAUGUACUUGUAUUUAAAUGUUCUGAGUUCUCCUCAUUGAAACACGCAUUAAGGAUUGUAGGUAGAUUGAUCUUGUUUGGGAGAAGAAUAUUUCCUGAUAAAUUCAGGGAAAGUAAUAAUUUACUUGUUUUAAUCAGAAUCAUGCAGCGUCAAGCUUUUCCAACGUUAUAUUAUGCGUUGACUAAUGGGUUACAAACCAGUUCUAGUGUUCCCUCUGAGUUAAGGAAUCUUAUCAGACAAUUAGGACUUUAUGUUGAUGAAAGUGGUGUCAUUCGGUGCCAAGGAAGACUUCAUAAUGCAGAAUUGCCAGAAUUCGCUAAGCAUCCAGUAUACGUCGCCAGCCGACACCCCUUAUGGCAACUUAUAGUGUCUCAUUAUCACAUACUCAACUUGCACUGCAACACGAAUACACUUGUGGUUAUAUUGAGACAACAGUUUUGGGCUGGAAAAAUGAGACAGUCCGUUAAGAAGAUCCUGAAAGAGUGCUUAUUGUGUAAGAAAGCACAAAAUCAACCUCUAAGUCUGCCUGGAUUUCCCCCGUUACCACCCGAACGAGUUAAGCAUCAAGUCCCUUUUUCCUGUGUUGGCGUCGACUAUACGGGAAACAUUAAUGUGGCUGAAAAUGAAGCUGAGAACGAGAAGGCGUAUGUCUUGUUGUUUACAUGCGCUACGUCAAGAGCGGUUGCCCUAUAUGUGUGCAAAUCCAUGAAUGCACAAGAAUUCCUCUUUGUUUUUAGACAAUUCGCGGCAAGACACGGACUUCCGAAAGUUUUAAUAAGUGAUAAUGCGCCAAACUUCAUUGCAGCCAAUAAGUUUCUAAGAGAUAUCAGCGAAGAGCCCGAAGUAAGAAAUUAUCUGACGGAUCAUAAUUUAGAAUGGAAGUUCAUAACACCCCGAUCACCUUGGAAAGGCGGCUUUUACGAGAGACUGAUCGGAGUGGUGAAAUCGUGCUUACAAAGGGCCGUGCACAGAAAAAGAGUUUCGUUUAUAGAACUCAAUACCAUCGUCGCCGAAGCCGAGAACAUCAUCAAUAACAGGCCACUAACAUAUGUCAACGAAGAUAACGCCGACAUCGCGCUCACCCCUGCCAGACUCUUAUACGGCAGAGCUAUUACAAUGGCUCCUCCUUUGAACAAGUUCGUCGACGUACCUUUCAAUGAGAACGUCGAAUUGAGGGAGAACUAUGCAAGACUGUGUGAGACGAUAAGAAAGUUUGAGAAAUUGUGGCUACUUGACUAUUUGUCUUCUCUUAGAGAGAGGCACAGAAACAUUGAGUCUUCAACCAUCUGUCCAUUAAGCAUAGGAGAUUUGGUCCUUAUAGUAAAUGAUAAUUGUAAAAAGCUCAAGUACCCUUUGGGAAUCAUCGAGAAACUCCACGCAGGUCCUGAUAAUGUUAAAAGGACAGUCGAAAUAAAAACAGCAAGUGGAAAUUUUACGAGACCAUUGAAUCAAGUCAUUCCACUCGAAUGUAAUGUCAGAGAGGAAUCAACAACAGAAAGCAGACAGAAUGAAGUAGGCGAGACCAGCGAGGCCUCAAACGAGGCUAGUCAUAUAAACAUGACAACAAAGAAGACGAUGGAGAGGGCCGAAACCAAGGACGUAGGAGACGGCCUAGAGAGUGUUGCAGAGGAUGACCCUACGACCUCAACAGGUUCCCCACCACCAGUGAUGUCUGAUCGUCGGCCCAUGAGAAGAACUGCUGCUAAGGCCGACGAACAAAGAAAACAGUUGAUUCGAGAAGGAGCGUUAUAA